AUGCAGGAGGGAGCAUUGGCUAGCUCUUCUGUGAGGCCCGAGGCAGCCACACCACCCCCAGGCACCCAGGCCAGAUGUGAAGCUAGAAUGAACUUCCUGGAUGAAGGGGGAAUCUGCAAGCUGCCAGGAAGACUCCGCAUCCAGCCGGCACUCUGGAGCAGGGAGGACGUGUUGCACUGGCUGCGCUGGGCUGAGCAGGAGUACUCUCUGCAGCGCACUGGGGAGCAUGGGUUUGAGAUGAAUGGCCGAGCCCUCUGCAUUCUCACCAAGGAUGACUUCCGGCUUCGUGCACCUGGUUCAGGUGAUGUCCUGUAUGAGCUGCUUCAGUACAUCAAGACCCAGAGGCAAGCCUUAGUGUGUGGACCCUUUUCUGCAGGGGCCUUCAGGCAGAAGAUGCCCACUCAGCACUGCCCCUGCCUCCUGGAAGAGGGGACUGGGCCCCCUCAGUUGGCCCCCCGAAGGGAUCUCCUGCAGCAACCAUCACACCUGGGGUUUGCCAGCUCCUUGAGUCCCCUGGCCAAGGGGCCCCUUGGCAGGGAGGCGUCCCUCAACGUAUCUCACUGUGUGGAGCUGGGCUGCAGGGCUGAGGGAGCCUGCUCCUUCCCCACCAUGCCGCAGGCCCCCAUUGAUGGCAGGAUCGCUGACUGCCGGUUGCUGUGGGAUUACGUGUAUCAGCUGCUCUCUGACGCCAGGUACGAGCCCUACAUCAGGUGGGAAGACGAGAAUGCCAAGAUCUUCAGAGUUGUGGAUCCAAACGGGCUUGCCAGGCUCUGGGGAAACCAUAAGGAAGAAACCUUUGCCGCUCGCCCCCGGGCAGGUCAGGAAAAUCCCCGACUGGCGGAGCCUGAGCUGGCUCUGAGUCACUGUGCAGAAGCCGAUAAGGAUUCCUGGACUUGGGCACUCAGAGCUGUGACCACUCCUAAGCAGUGCUUUGUCCUGACUGAGUCCCACCCUGGGCCCUGGACAGUUCCACGCCAGAGCGGCCGGGCAGGUGACCUUGGCAUAAAGGCUCAGUACGAAAAUCCUUGGUCCCUUUCCUCUUCCUCGAAACUGAUCCAUCUCCUUGACUUUGAUCCAGAAUGGACCCGUGCUCCCAGCUUUUCUCAGCAUCUCUAA